UUAAAUCACAUAUUACGCUCUAUACUCCUGUUGCUUAUGGAUUUUUCUCUGCGUGUGUCCGCGCGCGCGCUUGUGACAUCACUGAUGGGAUUGGCUGGAGCUGACUGGGGGGAUGAGUCUCUUCUUCAGGCUACAGAGGGAGACGGAGAAUAGAGUCAAUGACAGAGGGAAGAGUUAACAGUUAGCAGCCACGGACCUCAGCGCAGGGCCACCUUCACUCAAAGCGAACCACGCCCCGGGGCAGGGGAGACGAGUUCCCCAAGUGCCCAAACUCCUGCGAUGCAAGGAAGAAUGGACUGUGAAGAGUUCUUUUAGGCUUUCAUGAUUUAAGUUGUCAAAAUGAAGUUCGGGAAGAGCAUCUGCGUGCUUAACGUCGGGGGAACCCGGUACGCCUUCACCCGUGAGGUGAUCAGGGAUUUCCCUCUUCGACGCGUCAGCCGCCUGAUUGCCUGCGCAACCGAGAAAGAGGUCCUCGAACUCUGCGAUGACUACGAUCGGGACCGGAAUGAGUUUUUCUUCGACCGCCACGCUCAGGCUUUCGUGUUUAUUAUGUUGUACGUGCGCUCCGGCAAACUCCGAUUUGUUCCCGGAGUGUGUGAGCUGUCCUUCUACACAGAGAUGCUCUACUGGGGACUGGAGAGCGCGCACUUGGACUCCUGCUGCCAGAAACGCCUGGACGAUAGGAUGUCCGACAUCGGACUGGACACACUCUCUGAGGGGGACAUCGAGGAUGAGCCCCAGAGCACAGGGGAGUCAGUGCAAGAGGCUGAGCUCACAUGUCGCGCUAGGUGGCUCGAGAAAAUGCGCAAGGCUUUUGAGGAGCCCAACUCUUCCCUUGUAGCGCAGCUUUUGGCUUCAGUGUCCGUGAUCUUUGUUAUCGUUUCUAUGAUCAUGCUGUGCGCUAGCACCCUGCCGGAUUGGGAUACAGCCAAGAGAACUACUGUGGAGGAACACAGGAUAGUGGAGGCAGUGUGUAUUGGCUGGUUCACGGCAGAGUGCAUAGUGCGCUUUCUGGUGGCUAAAGACAAGUGGGACUUCCUCCGAAGGCCACUCAACAUCAUCGACGUGAUUGCCAUUACCCCUUACUAUGUCACUAUGGCGAUGGCCCGGGCAGGGAUGCCGGGUGCUGGGCUCGGGGUUGCUGGAGUCAUACUGCGAGUCCUGAGGAUGAUGAGAGCGUUCUGGCUCAUGAAGCUGGCCAGACACUUCCUGGGACUGCAGACUCUAGGGUUGACUCUCAGGCGCUGCUACCGAGAGAUGGUCAUGUUGAUGGUGUUUGUCUGCGUUGCCAUGGCUAUAUACAGUGCCCUGGCCCAGCUACUGGAACACGGCUUGGAUCUCGAGACCCAGAACAGUGAUUAUGCCAGCAUCCCUGCUGCUGCCUGGUGGGUUAUUAUUUCAAUGACAACAGUGGGUUACGGGGAUGUGUACCCGGUAACAAUCGGAGGACGGGUGCUUGGGGGAAUGUGUGUAGUGAGCGGCAUUGUGCUCCUGGCGCUGCCCAUCACAUUCAUCUACCACAGUUUUGUUCAGUGCUACCAUGAACUCAAACUGCGCUCUGCCAGAUAUGCACGCAACCUGUCGGCAGAAAUGCUGCAAUGAACAUGUCCUAUCCUGCCUAC